AUGGGUUCUCCAUUGCAGACGGAACCUCAUUUCUCACUAUCACCGUAUUCAUUGAACGACACAAAUAAUAUAACAUCUCACCCAAGUUCGAAUAAUAAAAACUUUUCUGCUACUAAUAACAGUGGUUCUAAUAACAAUAAAAGUAAUAUAUCUUUAAUAACACCCGGAACAUCAACUCCGUCGUCGCCCUAUCAUAAACAACACCAAAAAACUAUCGAUGCAUCCGCUUCUGUCUCAUCAUCAACUACUUCAUUUGACCAAAAUGGAAUAUCUGUUGUCGCUUCUGCAGCUCUAAAACGAACAAACAAGACACACGUCCCCAGUGCGUGUGUCAAUUGUAAACGUGCUCAUUUGGCUUGUGAUGUAUCGAGACCGUGCAAACGAUGUGUAGCGCUUGGGAAACAACAAUCACCUCACGCUGAAUCACAAUCUUUAUCUAAUUAUUCGUCAUUUACGACACCACCACCGCCGCCAAUACCAUCAUCAGCCCAGCAAUCAGCACAAAUCUCGGACAUUCAUCAAAAUCGUCAACCUUUUCCUCCUGCUUAUUAUCAACGUUCACCAAACUUGAGAUCACCUAAAUUUAUUUCAAUACCUUCAUCGGCAAAUAAUAUUGCUUCCCCUCCUCAUCCUCCUCUCACACCUCCAUCAUCUUUUCUUCGAUCGCUACAACCUCAAUCUCCAUCUCCACCUUCAAUGCCACCGCAGCAACCAGUAACAGCGUCACCAUCAUCUACGAUAGCACCUCCCCUACUAUCAGAAAAUUCAUCGGUCAUUACAAUGUUCCUUACGGUAUACGGAGUUGCAGCACGUGUCUCUGAUGAAUGUUUAGGUAUCAUGGGAUUCUAUCCCACCGAACUCGCACAAAAAUCGUUGCUUGAUUACGUGCAUCCACAAGAUUACGAGAGAAUGCAAAAAUUAAUCAACUCACUAAUGGAGAGAGCUCAUGAAUAUAACGAAUAUCACCAACAUAAUCAAAAUUACCCGCCAUCUCACCAUCAAUUAUAUUCAAACUUUUCUGGGACAUCAACCAUUAAUCACGGUAAUAAUGGUAACACUCACCCACAAUCAAUCACCGCAAAAGAUUCGAGAUUCUAUACCGUUACCCCGAAAGAACUAAUGCAUUCCGCGUUGAUGAUGAAUGGUAGUGGUAAUGAACGAAUUGAAGCUACGGAUUAUUUCAAUCUUCAAGCACGUAACGGACAAUAUGACUAUUAUAGUGUUCUAAUGUAUCUCGGGGGUGGAUUGGGUGGUGAUUUGUCGCGAAAAGAAACAUGGGGUAACUUGUAUAUCGUCGGAUUAUUCACGAGGAUAAGGCAAAACACUGGGCUGUCGGCGGCAACUACUGCUAUUACAUCUGCGAUCCAAAAUCAUAACAGUUCUUUCACGCAACAUCAUAAUUUUCCAAAUAUUCCACCAACGAUGAUUAGCAGUAAUAGUGAUGGGGAUCAUUUAAAUUCACCAACACUAUCGCCGGCAAUUGAUCCAUCACUUCGUGAGCAUGAUCACUCAUUACUGAGUCGAUCAUACACCUCAGAACGUAAUCAAACGUCAAAAGAACAGUUAAACUAUCAAACGUCACACACUUCGCCCCUUUUAUCACGUUCAAAUAUUCCAUCCCCAUUAAGUUUACAUGCCGAAAAAAGAAUCAUUUCUUCGUUUAAUCCUCCGAUUCCGACGCCAACUACCAGCAUCGAUCCUGCUUUGACACUUUAUAAUAGUAAAAUAGACAUAGGUGAUUCACCACCCAAGGAAUAUCCUCCUGUUUCCAUCAUGUCGCCGGUAUCUUCUGAGCGUGUAUAUCGUCACCAUAUCAAUCAACGACAGAAGCGACACUCCAGUAUGGAGAACAUUCCGCAUAAACCUGAUAGGCAUUUAAAACAUCAACCAUUAACUCCGACUUACGAGCACCAUGAUAACAUAGCAAAUCCAAACACUAGAAUGAGCCAUGGUGAUGCCACCAGUACCAUCCGUCCCAUCACCACCACCUCCCCCUCUUCUACCACAACAACAUUAAACCAUUUAUUUGGAACACGAUCAGUAGUCAAUGAAUUGAGCGUUGUUGGUGAUGAUGAAGAUGAAUCUACUACACGCAUGAGCGUGAAUUCUUUAUUGUGUUCUUAA